GGCAUAUCAUGGAUCUAUCUACGUCGUACUAGGUACCUAUGUACCUAGAUAUCCGUCCCGGCCGUUGGGACCUAGAGCACCUAAUCGCAACCUUAUACUCGUAGAAAAUUGCGCCACCACAAUGUCUAAUAGUGUACUACUGAUUACUAGUACCUACCACAUCGGCUCCGUUAUGGAUAGUCGGCUAGCGGCGACUAACCGGCAACUUCACCAAGUUAAAACAUUAUUCAGCAUCAGAAGAUCGAACUUAUCACCCUCCAACUUUUCCUUACACUUCUUCCAUCUUGCGAUAUAAAAAAGCUUAUGAGUCCCCCAGUUAGAAUCUCAAUUUUGAUGUGUAUAUUCUCUCGUAGAGUAACAUCUUUCAUAAGAAAUAAGGUAAGAAAAGUAACAAGCCUCUUAUUCCGGCUUAAAAGAUACCGAAUAUUAUAACAGUCCCUUUUCAUCUCGGUAAGCUCCGCCACACAGCACGUCCAUCUGACAGCAUACACAUAAACUUCAAGAUCCUAGUCGAUCCCCCACAAUCUUAUCAUGUCAUCCAUCGUGAACAAGGGCGUCCCUAAUGCCCCCUUCUACACACCUGUCCAGGGCCCGCCCGCCGGAACUGCGCUGGAUCAGGCCACAGCCCCAACCCUGUUCAAGCCGUUGAAGAUCCGGGGCGUCGAGCUGCAGAACCGCUUCGUCGUCUCCCCCAUGUGCAUGUACAGCGCCGACGAUGGACACGUCACCGACUGGCACUUCGCCCACUUAUCGCAGUUUAUCCUACGCGGAACCGCUCUGACUAUCGUCGAAGCUACCGCCGUCACUCCCAACGGUCGCAUUUCGCCCGAGGACCUCGGGAUCUGGAAGGACAGUCAGAUCUCAGGUUUGAAGCGCAUCGUCGACUUCGCGCACUCGCAGGGCCAAAAGGUCGGCAUCCAACUCGCCCAUGCCGGCCGCAAGGCCAGCACCCUCGCCUCGUGGCUUACUCUCGAGGAUGGGAGUCGCACCGUCGCCGCUGAGAGCGGUGGCUGGCCAGACAACGUGUGGGCACCUAGCGCCAUCAAGUUCCACGAGGGCUAUGCCGAGCCCAAGGCCAUGACGACCGAGGACAUCAAGGUCCUCGUGCAGGCGUUUGAGGAUGCCGCCAGGAGAGCCGUCGCGGCCGGGUUCGACGUGAUCGAGAUCCACGGCGCUCACGGAUACCUGAUCACCGAGUUCUUGUCGCCGGCCAGCAACAAGCGGACAGACCAGUACGGCGGCAGCUUUGAAAAUCGCACGCGCCUACUCUUCGAGGUCAUCAAGGCGGUCCGCGGCGCGAUUCCCGAGUCGAUGGCCCUAUUCCUGCGGAUCUCCGCGACCGAGUGGAUGGAGUGGGCCGGCGAGCCCAGUUGGACGAUGGAGCAGAGCUUCCAGCUGGCCAAGCUGCUCCCGGCUGCUGGCAUCGACCUGCUCGACGUCAGCUCCGCCGGCAACAACCCGGCGCAGAGGCUCGUCAUACACCCGUACACGCAGAUCAACUUCGCAGGCCGGAUCCGCGACGAGCUGAAGAAGAACGGCAUCAAUUUGCUCAUCGGCGCCGUCGGACUGAUCACGAACUCGGGGGUGGCCCGGCGCAUCGUCCAGGAGGGCGAGGCGCCACAGGCAGAUCUUGUGUUUAUCGGCCGCCAGCUCUUGCGUGAGCCGGAGUUUGUUCUGCGCGCGGCGCAGGAGCUGGGGGUGGAGGUCAAAUGGCCUAAUCAGUACCACAGGGCAGCGUGGCGAGUGAUGGCAGGAUAUGAUACGGCGAUGUGAUAACCUGGUUAUUGAUGGUCUUGAUAGGUUACGAUAGGUUCAAUAGAUGGUCGAAACGGGAUAGAGAAUAGAAGUAAAAUUGUUAGGCCGACAGCGUUUUUCACUAAAUCUUGAGCGAUACAGCUAAUUCUGAUGAGAGGCAAUUUGUGAGUUCCCAGGUGCUGUCAAUUCAUCGUCCACCUUUGAUCCAUUCCUCUAUCAACAUCAGGUCAUCAUCUCAUUUUUAGACUUGGCCCUUCGGAGGGUAUUCCUUGCCAUUAACGGAGACCUUGGGUUCGCAGGUGCACCAAUCUUGCGGUGAGAUGUUGUCCAGGACGGAGGAUAUGUGGUUUCCGCAGCCAAACCAUGUGGUUUUACCGCAAGCGCCACAAGUUGCUUUCAUGCACAUCUUGAGCGGCCUUUUGAGGGGUCGAGAUGGUGACUUUUGAGUGGGGGGUCGUUAUUAGUGACUAUAAAGUUAUAGAGAUGGAAAUUUGAUGGACGUGAUCAAAAGCAUUAGUUAAGGAGGCAUCGGUUUAUCUCGAGUUAUAUAGCGAAGGCGUGGGGUUGGUAUCGCCGAGUGGCACUGUUUGAGGAAUCGGCGAAAGGCGGACGGACGGCGUAAGAGGCCGACUGGUCGGCGAAUAACAGGUACC